GAGAUUCUCAUGUAGGUUGGUUCGUGUUGGGAAACAUCCUUCCGCGCCCUGCGGCGUGGAAGAUCCGAAGGCCGAAAACCCCAGCGAGCCGAGGGGGUCGCCUCCGCGUCGCUUCUUUCCAGCCUCCCGGAAGCGAGACGAAGUCGCCGGGCGCCGAGAUUGGAAGUGAGCGAGCGCAGCCUAGUCUGAAGAUGCAACGUCGCCUUUCCGAGCGAGCACACACACAAAGAUGCGGAGCCGCAACCGCGUCCCUCGACCUUCGCCAGAGUCACUUUCAAGCCCUACCGGCGCCCGGACGGAGAGUUGAAACCCGCCGAAGAGAAGGCCGGCUGGGAGAACUCUAAAGAUUCCCUUGAUGUUGCCAUGACUAGAGAAAAGGCCGCCCUUGGGCGUGAAGCGAGUAAGGCGGCCUGCCCUUUCACUCAAUUCUCGCCUGUUGGGCGUUGGGGAAAGCUCCUUCUAGCGAAAUUCGCGGGAGGCCGAUUUCCGUGGAGCAUUAACCGGGCGAAGUUUUCCUGGCUUUUGAGAAAAGCGGGAGCAAAGGAUCGGCGUCAAGCAAUUUCAUGCGUGUUCAAGUAAGACCUGAGGGAAGUAGUGUAAAGGCGCCAAGGCAAAAGAACAACACUUGAAGACCGCCGACAGCAGCCCCCUAUGACCCGCGGAGUGGUAAACAAAAUACCGGAACCAAAAAAACCUAGCCCACGGAGGUCGACGAGCUCGUUUGAAUGCAACACCGGGCUCUUUGUACCGGGAGGCGGGACUGAGAUCGCUGCAGUCGCGGGAAUGGAGGCGCUGACAGCGUAGAGACCCAAACAUGGAGUGCGUUAUUUUGGAUGCGCUCGAGUCUUUAGGAUAUAAAGGUCCUCUUCUGGAUGAAGAUGCUCUUAAUAAAGCAACAGAAUGUGGGCUGACUUCCCAAGAUUUCUGUGAGCUUUGUGUUUGGCUAAGUUCCAGAAUACAGCCAUUGUGUAAUCUGGAAGAAAGCAUCUCCUCAACAGCUGGUGGUGAAGAUGUUGAAAGUUUACAACUAGAAAUGAGUGGCUUUUUAAAAGAAUUGGCUUGUCCAUAUUCCACACUUGUGUCUGGAGAAAUUAAAGACCGGUUAAAAAAGAAAGAAGAUUGUCUUAAAGUCUUGUUAUUUUUAAGUACAGAACUUCAGGCUUUGCAGAUACUACAGAUUAAACAAUGUAAAGGUUCUCAUUUGGCAAAGAAUGAUGAAGUUCAUCAGGAAAUCCAGAUGAUCUGUGAUGUUUUAGGGGUACCAAAAUCGUCAGCAUCUUCUGACUUGUAUUCUCUCCCUGUCUCAUUAAACAAUAUAGAGUCAAAGCUUAAGGAUGUUUUGUCAAAAGUUCCAAAAGCAUACAUGGAGAAACCUCUGCUAAAAACUCCUUUGAAUACAAACCAAAUGAAGCAGUUGGAAAAAAUCAAUGAGGCUCUUCUGACUGAAUAUGAAUGCCGCAGGCGGAUGUUAAUGAAGCGUUUGGAUGUAACUGUACAGUCCUUUGGGUGGUCUGAUAGAGCUAAGGUAAAAACGGAUGAUAUUGCAAGGAUUUAUCAACCCAAACGUUACGGACUUACUUCUAAAUCAACGAUUUCAAUAGCUCAUCUUCUAGCUGCUCGUGAAGAUUUGUCAAAGAUCACAAGAACAAGCAGUGGAUCUACACGAGAAAAGACUAUUUGUGCAAUCAAUAAGGUCUUGAUGGGAAGAGUACCAGAUCGUGGUGGCAGACCAACAGAAAUUGAUCCACCGCCUCCUGAAAUGCCCCCAUGGCAGAAGAGACAGGAUGGUGGUGGGAGAGGGGGCAGGGGAGGUUGGGGAGGAGAUGGUGGAAGAGGAAGAGGUGGAGGAAAUAGAGGAGGUGGUGGAUGGGGUGGGGAGGGUGGGUGGGGAGGAGGGAGUGGAUGGGGUGGGAGUGGUAGAGGGGGUGGGGGAAGUUGGAGGGGAGGGGGUGGAUAUCAAGGGAGGGGUGACUAUAGUAGGAGAGGAGGAUAUGGGGAGUCAUACGGUAGAAGAGGGGGCUAUAGGAAAUACUAACAUCUUAACGUUGACCGACAUGCAUACCUUGAGAGCAAUGUCUCAGAAUACAUUAUCGCUGAUGGGCAAAUGUGAUGCUUAAACGACAUUGAUCAUCCUUCUUGAUGAAUUAUGGUUGUUCCAUUCAUUCAAAACCACCUUAUACAAAAUUAAUUUUCACUGCUGACUUCUGUUUAUCCAAGCAUAUGUACUCAUGCACUUGUCGUUACCAGCAAUAUAUACACGAAUGGAAGCAAUGGCUGAUGAAAAACCCUCGGGUUGCAAAUACACAAAAAAUGGCUAUGUACAAGUUUGAUGUACAAAUUUGAUGCUAAACUUGCAGGCUAUGCGGUAUUUUCUGUGCAGAACCCGUAUCUCUCUUAAAAGUGUGUGAAGUGUCCCUAAUUAUUUUGGUUCAGGUUUUUUUAGUUUAUUUGUUUUAUAUUAUUGUUGAUCUGGAUUUUUAUUUAUUUAACAAGGCUGUUGAUAAACAUAUGACCCUGAAAUUGAAAUUUUUGCAUUUGCCUCAUCCAUCCUUUCUGUUGGCAAAAUACCAAGCAAAGAAAGAAGCAGCGUUGGAUUUAGUUUAGUGAAGGUACAUAAGGCACUUAAAUCAAUAUAGUCUGCUGGGAGAUGCACUCAGAUCAGUAUUGGUGUUCUGAUGGGAAUGUUUAGGUGAUAAUGCUAUUGAUGGGAUGCUUGAUGACACACAGAAUAUUUAAAUAGUUUCAAAGAAUGUAUUCUCUAUCCCAUCUCCACCAUUUUUUUAAAAAAGGCCAAAGCAGACUUUUCUUGAACAAGAGUUUUCUGUUGUUCUUGGUUUGGCCAAGGAUUAUGGUACAUGUGCCUGUUGAAGUAUGUAGCUCAGCAGAAACAGGAAUCUUUUAACUGAUCAAUGGAGCAGCUGUUCAAUAUCAUUUUCCCUGAUCUCAGUUGACUGCCAUGACUCUUAGAAUUCUGCCUGUUAGUUUUUCUUUAGAUUUUAAGUUCAUUGUUCUCACGUUCCAAUUAUGUGCACCUAUGUUUUUCAACUUUGGCAACUUUAAGAAGUUGGAUCUCAACUCCCACGCUGACUGGAAUUCUGCAAGUUGAUGCCUACGCAUCUUAAAGUCGUCAAGGUUGAGAAAUACUGAUGUACACUAAGGUAUUAUUCCAGAAGUUAUAUAGUAUAGAGAAUUUUAACUGAUCAAAAAUUAAAAGCAAGACAUACUGUUCUCCUGAGCCAAAAGUGAAGAGAAUGAUUAUUUUUAAUUAGUCCUGUAAUUGUUUAAAAUUUCCUGCCCUUCGCAAAUCAGAAAACACUUCAAACUAAGUUAAGAACGAAUAAUAACUUCUGGUAAUUGUAUGCCUAUAGUUUUGACAACCUCUAAAAAUGCAAUAAACAUUCAAUACCUUUUAUAUGUUUAAAUCUGAAGAGUGUAUUUUAUAGAACUUAAUGUUCUUAUAUAAAUAGUUUGUAUUAACAGUUA